CAUCACGAUCAGCAUAUAUUACGGCACGGGACAUCAAGUCUCUGCCUAUUCAUGUUUGUUGUUUUGGAACAAAAUUAUUCAGACUCUUCAUUCAUCAUUAAAUCACCAUGAUUGAGCUUCCAGCCGAUGUUUUGUACCUGGUUUGUGAGGAAGUAUCCAAGUUACAAGACUUCCACACCCUCUUCAACUGCGCCUUGGCAGGGAAGAAUCUGGUCCAGCCGGCGCUUCUCUGGCUCUACAGAAUCCACCUCCAGUCAAGUAUUAUCAGCAGUGAAGGCAAUGACGCUGACCUAACUCAAAACGAUACCUUCCAAGGCCGACUUGAGGCGCAAACGACAACACUGCUCAAGUGGGCAUUGCUAUGGAAGUCUAUCAUUCGAUCGAGUCUCGGAAACACGGCCUAUCCAUAUUGUCUAUAUAUCCGAUCCCUUGACCUCAGAAACCUCUCCGACCUGCUCGAGGAUCCUCAAUUCCGAGACAAGGCAUUGGACAACUUCUUCGCGGGCGACAUGACACAGUUCUUGAAAUCCCAAGAAACGCCGAUGAAGCAGAAGAUGAGAGGAGCUAAGGCAUCAUUCAAGAAACUGGAUGUCGCCAACGUUCUUGAAUUGGUUGGGGAAUCUAUUACCAGCUUUGUGAGCCAAGCAGCGAGUGAAAACAGAACAACGGUCGCUGUCGACGACUUGUCAGGCAAUAUUCGUACUUCUGCUCUCGCCAAUUGGAUUAGCCGCCUGUCGAAGCUGAAGAGCAUGACAUUAUGGGAUGGUGCUGCUCUCGACAAGAGCGUUGCAGAAGCUAUUUUGGAGAGCUGUUAUAAUUUCGACGACUUGACAUUCUUCACCUGUUUCAGGAAUGACACUGACCACGACCUGGCAUCAUUCUUUGGUGGACUCCGUGCCAACUCUCUUCGAUCCUUUGCUGCGCUCAGUGCUGGUGCCUUGGGACCGGAGACUCUACUUUCGCUGAAUCAUCACGCCAAAUCGCUGAAGAAGUUGAAGAUGGAUGGGUUGAGAUCAGAUGCCGUCAAAAGCCUGUCCUUUCUACAAGGCUGCACUGCACUUGAGAGUCUUGAGCUUUCUGACUCGAACGGAGCAGUUGACUUGGAAGCCACGGAGAACGAUGUCUUCCUGGAAGUCAUUACUUGGUUGGGUCAUUGUGAAGGACUUCACGAGCUUCUUCUCCGGAACUUUAUCAGUGGUCCUAAGAUCCUUACUCACGUCUGCCUGAAAAACAAUAUCAGACUCAAGAAGUUGCAAGUCGUUGGAUAUUCACUGGCUGGUAAUCAAGAUUUCCACAGAGCCUUGUCACAUCAAACAUCCCUCGAGUCUUUGGAGCUGAGAGCAGACGCUGAGACCGCAUUCCGUGACGACAUCGAUGUUCUCGUUUCCUCCAUCUGUCGAUUGAGAAACCUGAAAUAUCUGGAUCUUCUUUCUACCUCUGAUUACUUCUGUACAGAUGAGAUUCUGAACCUCGCCGCAAACCUCAAAGAACUUGAAGAGGUAUUCUUCAGUGGAUACGAUGUUAACGAUGCUGUUUGGCAUGGUCUUUCUCAGCUCCCCAAAUUACGCAGUCUCAACAUCCACGCCGUCACAUCAUUCUCACACCGUGCAAUGCAUGGCUACGUCUCUACUCUCAAAGACACUAAUCGAGGUCUGCUACUAUCAGUCAUGAACCAAAGGGCCGAGAAUGCUAUCAGCGAACGUCAGGAGAAGAUGAUACGACAGAGCAUUCAGGAUACGGUUGAUGGGAAGUUCGAGUUUACUCUGUUCAGAGAACUUGAUUCGGAGUCUGACUCGCCAUCUGACUAGAUAUGCGCUUGUGGUAUUAUACAAAAGUUGUUCGAUCAUGUGUACUUGUAGGAUGUAUAUUUGGCAAGAUUGCGAUUAAUGAAUGAUCGAGGAUAGGACAAAAGCUAAGGGCAUAGUUCUACUUGAGUGCUGGAUGUUACACACGUGGUACAAGUACUCCGCUAUGAUAAAUGAUAAACAUGAAACUUGCUA